AUGGGUCAAGGGCAGGAUGAGGAUAUUUGGAAGAUGUGGUUGGAUGUUUGCGCUGACUUAAACAUGGACAAGAACACUGCUGAAGAUGCUUACCAAUCAUACAACAAGAUUUCUCAGAAUUAUACCUUGGAGGGCAAUCCUCUGCACUGGCUCGCAUGUGCCUUUUAUGUUGCCUGCAGGAAAAGUUCAGUGCCGGCUGUUGGGAACAGUAGUUCUGUUGUUGAAGGGAAUUAUGUGUCCUUGAUGCGCCUUCUGAAAUCCUGCCAAAUCUCAAUCACUGAUUUUUUCAAGAAAGCAAAGAAAUGGGUUGAUAUGGCCAACUCUCCUGCAAGUUUCAGGGAGAAAAUAGAGAGACUGGAGCAUAACUUCGCUGUCUCAAAGGUAUUAUUUCAGAAGUUUAUCCCCAUUUUUCUCCAAAUGUUCAAAGAUCCUGCAAAUGACCCACCCCGCCCCCCACGAUCUCGUAAACAGAGGACAAAGCUUCCUUGCUCAUCCAAAGAACUCAUGGAAUUUACCUGGUUGCUUUUUGUUUAUAUUAAGGGGCAUUUCCCUGCCAUCAGAACUGAUCUGGUCAAUUCUUAUCACUUGCUUAUGGCUUGUUGUGAUUUGGUCUUUGGAAAUGCAUUGUUGGAUGAUCGACGAGACAUCAUCCGUGAUUCCUUUGGAGGAUUGCCUCAGAAUUAUCACUCUACUGACUAUCAGCCACCGAAGGAGUUGCCUUGCACUAUUGAGCUCUUGUGUAAAUCUCAUGAUGGGAUUGUCCUAGAGGCAAAGGGAAUCAAGGAACAUUGGUGCAAGCCAAGAAUCAAAAUCCUGGUAGAGAAAAAAAUUCUGAAAGGAAAGUCUAGCACUUUCUCUGGACUACUUGACCCACACCACAUGGAGCACAAUAUGAAGAUGAUCAAGAAGGAAUACGAUGUAGCUGUUCUCAAUGGUGGUGACUUUGAUGAGAUGAUCUUCCUGCAAGAUGAUCCUGCAUUGGGUGUCAAAGAUGGGAAUUCUGGCACAGCGGAACUGACAUCCCGCAUGCGUGAGAAGCGUGAGAAGCAGCAACCACAAUCUUCUCCUCAAAAGGUCCAUUCCCCGUUCUCUCUUGUUAGUGCUACACCUUUGACAGGUCGUAUGUUCCUGAAAGCCAAAGAAGGUUGCAACACUCCUAUUUCUAAUGCCACACACAGUGUUUCCAAGCUUCAAAAACUGCUUCAGGGCCAUACUAAUGUACCCAGUGAAACAUUGAUCUCAGUUUUCAAAAAUUGUCAAGAGAACUCCUUGACAGAGAUUCAAAAGAGACUGAAAGUAAUGGGAGAUGCUUUUUGUGAAAGUUUUACUCAGCCAUCAGAGAAUCAUCCAGGGUCUGACAUGGAGUUUGCAAGGAAACGUCUUCAGCUUGGGGAGAGUCUUUAUUAUAAGGCCCUUGAGAGUGUCUUGUUGGCUGAACAGAAGAGGCUAAACAAUGACAGUGCUGAUCUUACCAACCUCCUUUCCCAAGAUGCAUUACAUCGUUGUUUGUUUGCCUGCUGCAUGGAGAUAGUGAUUUUUUCAUAUAACUCUCAGCGGUCCUUCCCAUGGAUUCUUGAGGUCCUGAAUUUGGAGCCUUACAUCUUUUAUCGCAUAAUUGAAGUCUACAUCAGGGCUGAAAAUCAACUGUCACGAGAUAUUGUGAAGCACUUGAAUGCCAUUGAGGAGCAGGUGUUUGAAUCCUUAGCAUGGAAGAGUGAUAGUCCCUUAUGGGAGAAGCUCCAAGAAGUUGACCAUGUGCCAUCUUGUGAGGAAGUAUCCUUGCCUAGUCAGUUGAGUAUAACACAGUCCCCGUCUCAGCUGUCAUCAUCUCCUCUGAGUCAUCUCACUCCUGGAUCCAUGGUAUCAGCUGAUAAGAAUCCUCCUUCAAGGUCAAGUCCAGUUAGGGUGGCUGAGUGUUUUCAAUCCCCAGUCCCACCCAACAGUGCUAGGCGACGUCUCUUUGAACAAGCACCCAUUACCAUUGCAACUGCAACCAUUCCUAAUACCAAUUUGAGGGGUGAGAGGUUAGCUUUGGCCUUGCCUGUUUUCCCUGAUAUGCAUUCAGCAAAACCCAUGAAGUCUAUUCUCAUCACAAAUGAAAAGAAGCAUACAAGCAAUAUUGAUGGGAAAAAGGAUAAUAAACCAAGAAAGGGAUCUCUGCAUUUCUUCCUUCGCAAAUUCUAUCACUUGGCCUCAGUCCGUCUUCAGCAUCUCUGUCAGCUUCUUGAAAUCAAUGAAAUUGACCUCCAGAGAAAGAUCUGGACCUGCUUUGAGCAUUCAAUUACAAAUUAUUAUGAACUCAUGAUGGACAGGCAUUUGGACCAACUUCUGAUGUGUUCAGUUUACAUAAUGUGCAAGAUCACACGAGAAGAUCGAACCUUUCAGGAGAUCAUGCGCUGCUAUAGACUUCAACCACAGGCAUGUUCACAUGUCUAUAGAUCAGUGCUGCUUCGCAACAAGCGCAGGCGUGGAUCUGGAUCCAGUGAUUCACAGUCAUCCAGCGAAAAGGAAGACAGCAAUGGUCGUUCUUCUGAGGAGACCACAAGCAUGCGUUCCUCAAGCACCCUCCCACAACAGCCUCCUUCUGCCCCACCCACACCCACUCAACUGGCAGGCACAAGUUCAAGUUUUGAACUGGAAGAUAGAGGUGACCUGAUCAGCUUCUACAAUGCAGUCUACAUGCAGAAACUGAAACCGUUUGCCAUGAGGUUUUCAACAGGUAAUGGAAGAGAGCCCACAGGCCACCCUCCCUUAUCCCCCCUCAUGGUAUCCAACAAGCACCACCUCUCUCCAAGAAGGAAGGUGGCCAAUGAUCAUGAAAUCUAUGUCAGUCCUCUAGGACUGGAUUACAAAAAUUUAGUACUGCCUUACAAAGUCAAGUACAGCUUCAACAGGAGCGCUGGGCAGGAAUUGCAAGCCAUCAACAAUUUAGUUCGUCUAUCAAAGGCUAGAAAGCAUCUUCUCCCUGAUGAUGGAACAGAUGAACCUCCAAUCAAGCGGCCUGCAAGUUGUGACCCUAUGAGCCAGAAGCUCCAAGAUGUCAUGACAGAAUUAAAAAUGCACCAUGAACCAGUGAAAUAG